AUGCCGGCUCCACACAUUGCGGACCAACUCAUUCGCCCUUUCUUCGAAAUCAUGCACCCGGCUUAUCCCGUAUUCGACCGGGAGAACUUCUCACGACAGUACCGCCAAGGCCAAGCAUCGCCUUUGGUCCUGCAGGCUAUGUUCCUGCUCGGUUUCACGGUGUGUGAUGACAGUCUCAUUGAGGAAGCUGGCUUCAGUGACCGAGCUACUGCGAGGAGAACACAUUAUCUCCGCGCCAAAGCUCUUUACGAUGCGGAGUACGAGAGUGAUCACAUGAAUCUUGUGGCUGUUAUGCUGCUUCUAGGUUUCUGGUGGGCUGGUCCGGAAGACCAAAAGGAUAAUUGCUACUGGGUCAAUUGUGCCGCGACUAUGGCUCAGUCCCUCGGCAUGCACAGGUCACACACCUCUGCAGCAUUCGGCCGACCAUGUCGGAUUCGUGAUGAGGACUGCGAUAUAGAGCCUCUGACCGAGGAGGACUUUGAGUUCGAUAAGAACGGCGAUGAGAGACUGAUACCUGCUCAGCACAAGUACCACGUAUCAUAUGUCAUGGAGAUGGCGAAACUAACUACGAUAUGUGAGCGUCUGCCCUCGGGUCUCGACAGAUGA